ACUUUCGUUUUCUGUACAACAAGCAUCUUUUUGAAGAGUCAAGGCAGGUGUUUGGUUUGUAGGCCCGGAAUGGAAAUAAUGGCAACGCCAAGCAAUAGACUUAUUUUACAAAGCGAUUGGGACAGCGCAGUGAGAGAGAGGAAUGGAAAAGCCUGGGUUUCGUUCAAAUCAGCAACACCCCCUAGUGAGUAUUCUGAAGUGUGUGGUCACGGUCGAUCUCCUGAAGGUUUACCAUAUCUGACCACAAAGGAUGAGCAGUUUUCAGUUUCUGAUAUCACAAAGAAAAGUGUUGUUAUCGCCUACAAUGGGGAAACAGCAAGUUUGUCAAGGAAGUUUGUUGCUCCAACCAUCACAUUCUCAGCCAUUCACAACCCAAACAAGCAGGUGACAGGUCUGGACACCUCAUCAGGUGGUUUGGGCGUGUCCAGUGACUCUGAGGGAAACUUGAGACUGUGGCAGACAGACACAGGAGAAGUACGGAGAAAGCUUGAGGGACACGUGGGUGAUGUCUACACCUGCCGAUUUUUCCCCUCGGGUAUUGUGGUGCUCUCAGCUGGUUCUGAUAUGAUGGUCAAGGUGUGGUCAGUGGAGACUGGAGCCUGUGCAGCCACUAUGACGGGUCACAAGGCAGCAAUUCUAGACACAGCAAUUGUAGAUCGAGGUCGAAAUGUGAUAACAACAAGUCGAGAUGGAACUGCCAAGUUGUGGGAUGUUGGGCAGCAACAGUGCCUGACGACGUUUGAGGAACUCAGAGGGGAUGUCAACUGCUGCUCUCUUGGCUCUCCAGAAAACUCCAUUGAUCUUGGACCAGCAAACAAUGCCCUGAGUGAUCGAGAGGUCUCCACAGAUGGGAAGAUGCUACUCCUGGGAUGUGAGAACAGAUCUGUGCAGGGCUUCGGCUUGCAGUCCCGGGAACAGAUAUUUUGCCUAAACUGCGACUCUGCUGUAAAUGCGUGCACGUUUGUCUCUGAAGUGUUUGCUGUGUGCGGGACACAAGAAGGACGCGUCUAUGUUCUUGACCUCAGAAAUACCAGCACCCCACUAACCAGCUGGAAGGAGUCGCGGGGUCCAGUGCUGUCCCUUCUGGCCCACAAAGGAGGAUUUUUUGUCUCUACUGGUGACGGUUCUUGUUUCCAUGUCAGUGAUGAUUGGGCCACAAGCACAGAACUUACUGGUUCAGAUUGUGACCCUUUGUACAAAGUGUGCAGCGAUGGCACCAGUAUCUACACAGCAUGUCGGGACGGGGCAAUCCGCAGAUAUAGUCUGACCUAUCUGUAAACUUACUGAGGAUGCAUUUGAUUGGUUUUAUGAUUUUCAGUGCUGUCUUUGAAAAUUGAUGCUAUUUUCUUGUGACAUUAAUGUUGACAGCUGCACAAUAUCGGUAUCAGUUAGUUAAAGCUCAUCAUACUUCAGCUAUCUUUUGUACCAUUCAUAGUCUCCCCUGCUACAAUAAAUAUAUGCCUUUGUCAGUUUGUUUUUUGGAUUAAAUGUUUGAAAACUAAACAGA